AUGGCCCAGGUAUGGAGAUCGAAAGGAGGUCUCCAGAAGGUUCUGUCACACUUUGACCAUAGGGGGCGACACAGGUCAACCAACACGGCCACGCCCCCAGCCCCCAAACCUUCAGGGUCACGCCCCCAGCCCAAAGGUCAAACCUUCAAGGCCACGCCCCCAGCCCCCAAACAUUCAGGGCCACGCCCCCAGCCCUCAACCCUUCAGGGCCACACCUCCAGCCCUUCAGGGCCACGACCCCAGACCCCAAACCUUCAGGGCCAAGCCCACAGGUCAAACCCUCAGGGCCACGCCCCCAUCUCACAGCCAUCAAACCUUCAGGGCCACGCCCCCAGCCCCCAAACCUUCAGGGCCACGCCCCCAGCCCCCAAACCUUCAAGGCCACGCCCCCAGACCCCAAACCUUCAGGGCCACGCCCCCAGCCCCCAAACCUUCAGGGCCACGCCCCCAGCCCCCAAACCUUCAGCGCCACACCCCCCAGCCCCCAAACCUUCAGGGCCAUGCCCCCAGACCCCAAACCUUCAGGGCCACGCCCCCAGCCCCCAAACCUUCAGGGCCACGCCCCCAGACCCCAAACCUUCAGGGCCACGCCCCCAGACCCCAAACCUUCAGGGCCACGCCCCCAGACCCCACACCUUCAAGGCCACGCCCCCAGGCCCCAAACCUUCAGCGCCACGCCCCCAGAGGGUCUGA